AUGGGAGUUGGAUGCUGGAGGAGCCCUCUGCUGCUGCUGGCUGCCUUGGUCCUGGCGGCCAAGUUGGGUCAUUUUCAAAGGUGGGGAGGCUUCCAAGAGAAGUCCAUGAGUCAGAAAAACAUAAAUUCAACGCUCAAAUUCUUCAUUGAAACCUACAACAAUGCUAGUAACGACACCUACUUAUUUGGAGUUGACAAGCUACUUCGCAGUCAGAUGCAGCUGACGACGGGAGUGGAGUAUAUGGUCACCGUGAAGAUUAGCCGGACCAAAUGCAAGAGGAACAGCACAGAAAGUCCUUCAUGUCCUGUUCAAAGCAAGAAGGAUCUGCAAAAGAGUCUCAUUUGUGAUUUUUUGGUAUACACUGUGCCCUGGAUGAACUAUUACCAGCUCUGGAACAACUCUUGUCUGGAGGCCUAA